UUUGCUGGAUUAUCCAUGAUUGGAUGCAACGUUUCUCUCAUGGCAAAUAGAAUUUCUUACUGGCUCGGCGUUACUGGACAAUCGCAUAACAUUGAUACUGCAUGUAGUUCAAGUAACGUUGCUAUAGUGAAAGCUUACGAGCUCAUUCGGUCCGGAGAGUGCGACGCGGCCAUUAUCGCUUCCGCCAAUCUAUGCCUCCAUCCUCAUGUACAAUUUCAAUUUUACCAUCUAGGGGUUUUAUCUUCUCAUGGUUACUGUAAACCUUUUGACGAGGAAGGCACCGGAUAUAUGCGUAGCGAUACGGCCGCGGUAGUAUAUCUGCAAAAGGCAAAAAAUGCAAGAAGAAUAUAUGCGACCCUCGUACACGGUAAAAUAAAUUGCGAUGGUUUUAAAGAAGAAGGUGUUACCUUUCCAUCGGUCGAAAAACAAAAAAUGUUAUUAAAUGAAUUUUAUAAGGAAUGUGAGAUCUCACCCAAUGAGUUAUCUUACAUGGAGGCUCAUGCAACUGGUACUGUUGCCGGUGAUCCUGUUGAAGUUAUGUCUAUUGACCAGAUUUUAUGCGCUAAAAGAAGCACUCCUUUAUUAGUGGGCUCGGCAAAAUCGAAUAUUGGACAUUCCGAACCUGCCAGUGGCCUUUGUCAAAUCGCAAAG